GAAGGAGAAAGCGGAAGUGAGGAGUGGAAGCCUCUGAUGGAGGCUGGGAGGCACCGAGGGGAGCAGGGAACAGGCUGCUAAACCUCAUUAUUAAAGGGGACGUCUAGUGAGAGAGAAUACCGGUCCUGACCUGCAACAAGCAUGCAGCCAGUGAAGACAGAGCGCCAGAUCUGAAUCUUCCAUCCAGGUUGAUCACAUGACAGAGGAGUGGGAGGUGCCUGGAUGCGGAGGACAGUCGGCCUGCAGUCACGUGACUACUAUGUAGUGUUGGGACCUUCCCGCCAUCCGCGGUCGCAGUCGGAUCGUCUUCUCACAGAACGGCGGCGGAUCUUUGCGGUAAAAUGAUGCGAUAUUGGGGGGAGAUCCCGGUGGCCUCGGGCCAGGCCAGCAGAAGCUCCUUCGAUCUCCUGCAGAGGGAAUUCCGCACGGUGGAGAUGCAGGAGCCCCCUUUACACCAGCCGUCCGCCAACAAGCCCCGCCCCACCACCAUGCUGGAUGUCCCCUCGGAGCCGUGCAGCCUCACCAUCCACACCAUCCAGCUGAUCCAACACAACCGCAAACUGCGCGGCCUGAUCGCGGCGGCUCAGGGGCAGAACCAGCAGCCCGCGGAAGGCGGCGGCGGCGGCAUCAAAGUGGAGGAGAGCGAGCCCCUCCCACACCCGCCGCAGUCCCCGCCCCUUCCCGACGAUCUGCUGCCGCAGGACUGCAAACUGCCCAAGCUGCCGUUCCAGCUGAGGCACAGCGACCCCGAGAGCGACUUCUACCGUGGGCGGGGAGAACCCGUCACGGAGCUCAGCUAUCACUCCUGCCGCCAACUCAUGUACCAAUCCGUGGCCACCAUCCUGGCCCACGCCGGCUUUGACACGGCCAACGAGAGCGUCCUGGAGACCCUCACCGACAUCUCUCACGAGUACUGCCUGAAGUUCACCAAGAUGCUGAGGUUCAACACGGACCGCGAGGCCAGGCUAGGCCACACCCCCUUCCAGGACGUGAUGGAGCAAGUCUUCCACGAGAUGGGGAUCGGCAGCGUCCUGUCCCUACAGAAGUUCUGGCAGCACCGCAUCAAGGAUUACCACGCCUACAUGCUACAGGUCAGUAAGCAGCUGUCUGAGGAGUACGAGAAGCUGGUCCAUCCUGAGCGCGUAUCUGAGGACACCAAACCCGUGAAGAUCAAAGAGGAGCCGGUGACGGACAUCACAUUCCCCAUCAACGAGGAGCUGGAGGGAGACCUGGCACCCGGGGAUCAGUCCCUCCCUGUAGGGGUCCUGGGGGCGCAGGGUGACAGGUUCUCUUCUAAUAUGGAGGUCGAUUCGUCUCCCCAACCAUCAGGAUCGGACGUGAACACCUCGCCGCUGUGGAGCCUGACGCAGGUGAAGAUGGAGCCUCAGGACAACGAGGACUCGGGGGUACACGGGCACAGCGUUCUGGGCAAUGACGUGUUCGAAGAGCCCAUGUCUGGGAUGAGCGACUCGGCCAUCCCAGCCAGUCCCAACGGAUCGGAAGGCAGCUACGCCUCCCCCUCCCCCGACAGCCUAAUGGGGUCCUCCCCCGUCUUCAACCAGCGCCCCAAGAAGAGAAUGAAGAAGAUGUGAGGGGGGGGGGGGGGGGGGG